CGCUACCUGCACCCUCAUGCCGAGGUUGAGGUCAUGAGGGGGUUGAUGGUUGCCAAGUUGAGACAGAAUUAUCAGGAUCUGUGCUCACAUCGAGAAGGGAUAGAUGCACCGAUGGAGUCGUUCAACAGAUGGCUGCUUGAACGAGCCACAGUGGACAAGGGCAUUGACCCACUGCUGCCCAGCCAAUGUUCUGUGCCAUUGUCUAGUUCGAUGUUCAGGGAGGUGAUAAACGACGUGCCCAUUCGUUUGUCCCGGCCGAGGAGGUGCGAAGAUGCCAGGAGGAUGCUGUCCAAAUAUGCAGAAGCAGCCAAAUCGCUGGUGAUGAAACGCGGCUGCAAUGUCGAAAAUCGGAAGACGGUGGCCUGGCACGCCGACGAUACGUUCAGUUUCAUGCAGAAGCGUGGGAACGCAACAUAUGACGAUUACAUGGACAGACUAGCACAUCUGAAGCGCGAGUGUCAGCCACACGUCAUCGAAGCCGCCAAAUCGUCAGUCGAAGGCAUCUGUCUCAAGGUUUACUCACUCUCUUGCGUGUAUGUCAAAAAAAUUUACGACAAACAUCUCUCUGUCUUAUCUGCUGCCGGAGUUGACGUGAAAACAUUGCCGGGACCAACGUCAUCAUCAUCAUUAUUGCUACCUCACUCACUUACUCAUCAUCAUCAUCGUUACCCGUGCUCCCCCAUUGCCCUUUCCACGCCCCUUUCCCCCAACGUCACCGUCGAACACCACGACAGUGGUGAAGUUGUGACUCUUAGACUAAAGUUAGCAGCGGCAGGUGUCGCAAAUAAUGACGUCAUGAAGAUAAACAGCAUGCACUUCAGAAAACUAGAACAGUUGUACAUGUUGAAUUGCAGAGAUGACCCAAAAAUGGAGCACUUCCUACAUAGAACUUGGUGUCUCCUUAAAAGAUAUAAUACCUUCUUUGGGACAAAAGAGAACGAAGGCUUCGGCCUCCAGGGAGCUCUGCCCGUCUCCGUUUUCCAAUGCCUGAACCGAUCGUUUGGUGUAACGUUCGAAUGUUUUGCCUCGCCUCUCAACUGCUACUUCAAACAAUUUUGCUCGGCUUUCCCUGACACGGAUGGAUAUUUUGGCUCUAGAGGCUCCAUAUUGGACUUCUAUCCUAUCUCUGGUUCGUUCGAAGCCAACCCACCAUUCAAUGAGGAACUCAUGGAAGCCAUGGUUGACCAUUUUGAGAGCCUGCUGUCUGAAACACCACUUCCACUGUCAUUCAUCAUCUUCCUACCUGAUUGGAAAGAUCCUCCCACGGAGGCGCUCAUUAAGCUGGAGUCGAGCAGAUACAAGAGACAGCAGAUGACCAUACCGGCCAUGGAGCACGAGUACAGGCAUGGAUUCCAGCACAUCUGCCAGAGGAAAGACCUGAACGUGCGAUCACUGCACGGGACCCUGGUCAUAUUUCUCCAGAACGACGCCGGUGCCAACAAGUGGAGCGUCAAUAACGACAACAUGAGGGAACUCUUGUACGCCUACCAACUAAAUAAUAAUAAUAAUAAUAAUGGGCCUACCAACUAAAUAAUAAUAAUAAUAAUAAUAAUAAUGGGAACACUUCUUUUAUUCAAUCAAAUAUCAUAAAACAAACAGAAUAAUACAAUAUUCAAUAUAUAUAUAUAUACAAAUAAGUAGUAGUAGUAAUAGUGCUGAAUAGUGAUAAUGAUGACGACGAUGAUGAUGAUGAUGUUGUUGCGUGUGACUGAAUGAUUGGAAUGUUGUUUUUCUAUCAGUAUGUUGUUAAUUUUUGAUAUUGCUAUAAUAGAUUAAUAGAAUAAUAGUUAUAAUAAUGAUUAUUAUUAUUUUUGAUAAUCCUAUUAUUUAUUGUACUUCUAUACACUGGUGAUCAUGUUAUGUUUCAUUUUUUUUUGACAGUUCAAUUCAGCCGUACAUUAAAAAACAGUUGCCAGAUUGUAACCCUCGUUGCCGUUGUAUUAAAAAAAAUAUUUCAAUGU